UAAUAAUAAUAGAUCAAAUAUAACAAUAUUUUGAUUCUUUAGUUUAAAUUCUGCAAUAUAAAGUGUGCCUUUUGAGACUCACCAUUCUUUGUUUUACUACACAGGAGUUUCAGCCUGAGAACAUGAAGAACUUAUUGGUUUCUUUAUGUUUCUUGUUUCCUGCAAUCAUUCUUGUGUUGCUUACUCCAGUUCCCAGUGCACAGUUAACAACAAGUGAGAAUAGAAUCCUUCUCCAAGUUCAGAAGCUUCUUGAAUACCCUCAAGUUCUUCAAGGAUGGACCAACUUCUGCUACCUCCCUCCUUCACCUUUUCUCAAGAUUGUGUGCUCUAAGGGUCAUGUAACCGAGUUAACUAUCAUUGGAAACAAGAAUGAGACUCUUUCAGAAAGAUUCUCCAUUGAUUCUUUCUUUACAGUCUUGACAAAGCUCUCAAACUUGAAGGUGUUGUCAUUGGUGUCACUUGGUUUGUGGGGUCCUUUACCAUCCAAGAUUGAUAGAUUGUGGUCUCUUGAAGUGUUGAACAUUAGCUCAAACUUCAUUUAUGGGCAAAUCCCACCAUCAAUAUCCUCACUGAAAAGUCUAAGGAGUGUUGUUUUGGCUGAAAAUCUACUCAAUGGGAGUGUGCCUGAUCUUAGAGGGCUUGCUUAUCUUGAAGAACUCAACUUGGGUGGCAACAACUUGGGUCCUGAAUUCCCUUCACUGAGCAAAAAUCUUGAGAGGAUUAUCUUGAGAAAUAACUCCAUAAGAUGUCAAAUUCCUCCUCAACUCACGCAUUCUUAUAAACUUAAGCUAUUUGACAUUUCUUCCAAUGAAGUAUUUGGAAACAUCCCAUCUUUUGUUUUCUCUCUUCCUUUCCUCGAGUACCUAAAUUUAGGUGAUAACCAACUAAGUGGUUCCCUUUCUGUGAAUGUAUCAUGUAGUUCUUCUCUAACAUUUGUUGAUAUCUCACACAACCUCUUGGUGGGAAAAUUGCCAUCCUGUAUCGGUUCAAAGUCUUCAAAUAGAACAGCACAUUAUUCUGGGAAUUGUUUAUCUUUGUCAACUAGAAGCUUAAAUGAUCAAUAUCCAUCUUCAUAUUGCCAGAAAGUGGAGGCCUUAGCCGUUAAGCCACCAGUUAAAAGCCAGAAGAAGGAGUCAGAAAUGCAACUAGGCCUAAUGCUUGGUAUUAUUGGAGGUGUUGUAGGAAUUGUCGGGCUUCUUGUACUACUCAUUCUCUGGUUCUUCAGAAGGUCCAAAGCAGAAAAAGAAGAUAGGAACAUAGACAACUCUUUUGAUGAUAAAUUCUCUGUCCGGGCUUAUCCAAAACCAAAUAUUAAUGCAAGACGCGUUUCUCUGCCAAUGAGGCAACCUGCACUUGGAUUCCCACCAUACUGCACUUUCACAUUAGAAGAAAUUGAAGAUGCCACAAACAACUUUGACCCAUCAAAUCUAAUAGCAGAAGGAUCACAGGGUCAGCUAUAUAAAGGUUGGCACAUAGAUGGUUCAAUGAUCAUGGUUAAUCGUGUAAGACUAAAGCACAAGAAUUUGCACAAAAACAAUAUUCAGAACUUGAAUGUAUUACCCUAUUUAAGGCACAGGCAUUUGGUGAGUGUUCUAGGACAAUGUUCCAUUACUUAUCAAGACCGUCCCCAAACAACAAGCACAAUAUUCAUAGUAUUUGAACAUGUCUCAAACGUGACAUUGAGGGAUUAUCUCACAGAUAGGAGAAAAAGGGAAAUGCUGAAAUGGUCACAAAGAAUGGCAAUCGGCAGAGGCAUUGCAAGAGGAAUCCAGUUCUUACACUCUGGAGUCAAACCUGGCAUAUUUGGCAACAACAUAAAGAUUGAGAAUAUUCUUUUGGAUGAUAGCCUCAAUGCAAAAGUUAGUGGAUACAGCAUCCCAUUGCCAUCCAAGAAAGGUCGUCACAGCAAACUCAAUGAACACAGAUCCCCGAAUCAAAGUGGCUGCACCAAUAAUGCAGAAAAAGAAGACAUCUAUCAGUUUGGUGUUAUUCUACUUGAACUAAUCACUGGCAAACUGAUCACAUCUACCAGUGAAGUGGAGGAGCUGAAGGAUGAGCUGGAGAGAGGUUUAUCAGCAGCUGCAUCGCCAUUGCUAAAGGGUGCAUCACCAAGAGACCCAUCUGAUCCUUGCCUCCGGGGAACCUACGUAUAUGAAUCAUUGAGGACUGCAGUUCAGAUCACCAUCAGUUGUCUGAGCAAGGUUUCCAGUAAUCGCCCUUCAAUAGAAGAUAUUCUCUGGAAUUUGCAGUACUCAAUUCAAGUUCAAGAGGCAAGGACUAGCAAUGCAAACCUCAUUAUAAAAUUGUAAACUUGCUGUCCAUCAAAUUGUUUGU